GAGCGUUCAAAGCGUCCGGUCGCAACAUGGAGGCGGCAACGUCCGAUGUGCGGGUGGAAGGCGCCAUACACCCUGGCAAGUCGUCCAGUCCCAUGAGGCGGCUUCAUGAACGAAAGCUGCUGCAGCACCAUGUUCGCCAGCAGCAACAAAUGGACGGCGUCCACCAACCCAACCAACUGUACAAAGCGUCGUCGGCCAAAACGCGUCACUCGAGCAAAGUCGCUCCUGUCUCGAGCCCGUCCUCCCUGCAUGUACACCCUGUCGACACUGGCGACGACAAUGGCGGUGGUGCCACCGCAGACGAGUGCAUGACCAGGACACAUGGAGAAAGUGUUGUUCAGGCCACGCUGUACAAGUGGGCCGCCGUGCUCGACUCAACCGACCGCAACGACACCCAAAGCGAAAACCAAGCGGACUCCCUGUACGAGCAGUUUGCCGAGACUGCGACCGAGUUGUGUUUGCAAACCAGAACUGCCAUCGCAUUAGACCUUGUCUCCGAGAUGAUGCACGCGAUGCUGCCAUCGUCGUCAGCGAUUGCAGACGCCGUACUGAACACGCUGUUCCAAGCCGUUUACAGCUCGUACGACCCCGACGCUGACUGGCGCGAUCGCUCUCUCCACGCAAACAGGUCGACAGCGCCACCCGUCGGUCUUUCCGCCGCGGCAGGUCCUCGAUCGCCCAACGCCAUGCCAUUGCCAACAUCUUCCAUGCCCGACGUUCCCUCUAGCCAUGUCUCUCCUUCGCACGCGUCCGAUGCUCCGCUCGACGUGCUGGAUCUGGCUGCCAUGGCGCAACGAUGGAACGAUCUAGUCAUGACUCGUCAUCCCAACUCGGAGAGUGUCGUGGCAUGCGUGGACAUGCUGCCUUCAGAUAUCCAGCAGGACUUGGCGCAAGUUCUAGCGUCGAGAUGGUUGCCCGAUGCACCGUCGAUCCGACGGCAGCGGCAAGACACAGCCAGCACGAUUCGAAACAACGAUGGAGACAGCGACGAUGACGCGUGGGGAAGCCAGGACGAAGUCGACGAAGUGCCGAGCCAUGUGCAGACGUCGUGGACGAGUGAAGGCGAGGCAGACCAAGUUGUUGAGGACGGCGGCGGCGCGGAUGGCAGCGACAUCGACGGGACGAGUGACGUGAUGGAAAUCCUCUUGGACGUGUACAGACUCCUCCUCAUCAACAACCCACGAGCCCAGCGACAGGCAAGGCAUCGACUGCAGUCGGUGCUACUUCCGCUGGUCGGACAGUUUGACAUGCGGGGGAGUGACCUGUCCGAGCUCACCGGGACCGGCGCCGACGACGUCUUACGCCGCCUCGUCGAGCAGCUCGUCGAGGACGACCCCAUCGCUCUCGUCGACGUGGGGCUCACGUAGGCGCGGCGAAGCCAUGCUGUGUGUGGCGCGGAGUGGUCAGGAACACAUAUUUAUUGACAAAGUGGCACGUAAUUUAUCCAGGGGUUUUGCCCACGUCAUGUGGACGCCAGCGCUAAGCGACUCGCUGGCGCUUCUUCUUGGACGCGUCGGUUGGGUGGGAAAUGCACCGACGGCACGUGCACGUAAACCCGUAGCGCGUGUGCAGCUCGUCUUGCCGGGUCUUGAACGGCGCGGUCGCGUCGAGAUACGAAAUGGUGAGCUCGUCGCCAGGGCCGAGCGGCCGCAGCGCAAACACAGUGAUCUGGGCUGUGUCGUCAGUGUACGCCAGCGCGCACGACGGGUCGCACGAAUGGUUG